AAAAAAAUGAUGCACCUCUUCAGUCACUGUUUCAGUAUAAAAGUCUUUGAUCUGUGGACGCUCGUCCCACUUGACAGGCACACAAGACCAACCCGCAAGGAUCAAGUUCCAUCAUGGUGCAAAGAGUAGCAGUGAUCGGGGCCGGCCCCAGUGGCCUGACCGCCAUGAAGGCUUGUCUGGAUGAGGGCAUGGUGCCAACCUGCUUCGAAAGCAGUGAUGACAUGGGCGGACUGUGGAAGUUCAAGGAAGUGUCUGAGCCAAACAGAGCCAGUAUCUAUCGUUCCCUCACGAUCAACAUUUCCAAGGAGAUGAUGUGCUACAGUGACUUCCCCAUCCCUGCUGAUUACCCCAACUACAUGCACCACUCCAAAAUCCUGAAAUACUUCAGGAUGUAUGCAGAACACUUUAAACUGCUGGAACACAUUCGCUUCCAGACCUCAGUGAAGAGCGUCAGACAGAGAUCAGACUUUGCUCGCACUGGUCAGUGGGAAGUGGUGACUGAGACCAGAGAUGGACAGGAGGAGCGGCAUGUCUUUGAUGCAGUUAUCUGCUGCGCCGGUCACUACACCUAUCCUAACCUGCCACUCAAAGACUUCCCUGGAAUUGAGACGUUUGAGGGAAAAUACUUCCACAGCUGGGACUACAAGGGGCCUGAAGACAUGUACGGGAAGAGAGUGGUGGUCAUCGGCAUCGGUAACUCAGGUGGUGACAUCGCUGUGGAGGCCAGCCGAGUGGCAGAUCAGGUGUAUGUGAGCACUCGUCGCGGUGCUUGGGUUAUCCGUCAGGUUUCUGACAACGGCCUGCCAGUGGACAUGAAGUACAACACACGCUUUGUCCACAUCUUGUUCCAGCUGCUGCCGAUCAACUUCCUCAACUGGUUUGGUGAGAAGAAACUCAAUGCCAUGUAUGACCACACCAUGUAUGCCCUCAAACCCACACACAGGCUCUUCAGUCAGAUCCCGGUGAUCAACGACGACCUGCCUUUAAAGAUUCUGUGUGGGUCAGUCAUUGUCAAACCAAAUGUGAAAGAGAUCCGCGGCUCCACCGUGGUCUUUGAUGAUGGCAGUGUUGUGGAAAAGGUGGAUACAAUUGUAUUUGCCACAGGAUACAACUACGAUUUCCCCUUCCUGCCAAGCAGUGCUCUGUACAAGUCUGGGCACCGUGUGGGUCUGUAUAAGCACAUUUUCCCCCCCAACUCGGAGCACCCAACUCUGGCUGUUGUGGGUUUCAUCCAUGCUCUUGGAGCCAUCAUGCCUCAGGCUGAAAUGCAGGCCCGCUGGGUCGCACGUGUUUUCAAAGGACAUAAAAAGCUGCCCUCAAACAAGGCCAUGAUCAAGGCUGUUGAAAAGGACACCAAAGACAUCGACAAAAACUACAUCGUGUCAAAGCUGACACCCCUGCAGGUGGACUUUGUUUCCUACAUGGAUGACAUAGCUGGAGAGGUCGGAGUGCGCCCAAGUCUCCCCUGGCUCUUCUUCACAGACUACGCACUGUUUAAGAGGGUUUUGUGGGGACCUGUCACGGCCUACCAGUACCGCUUGAUGGGACCAGGGAAAUGGGAAGGAGCCCGCAGGGCAAUAUUCACCCAGUUUGACCGCAUGUACCAGCCCCUAAAAACCAGACAGCUGGUGGAGCAAGAGCCCUCAAAUUCUGGCCGCCUGAUUAAGCUGAGCCUGACCCUCAUGGCCGGAGGAGCUGCUGCCUACUACGUCCAUGUGCACAACCCAACCACCAUCUCCACCCUGCUGUCCAAGCUCCAUCCACAUACAGUCUGAACAUGCUACAUGUGAAAAAAACCUCUGAAACAUACGCGCGCGCACACACACACACACACACACACACACACACUGAAGGAGCUUUUGCUGUUUAGAGAAAAAAAACUCUCACCCCCACAGGGUGAGUGCAGUGUUCAAAAUACUCAAAAGACCAGUGAAUGUCCACACCAAAGAAUUUAGUUCAAAUUGUUUAGUGAAUCUUUUCAGCAAGCAAUGAACAAUUACAGAAUUCUGGAUCAGAUGUGCCUUUUCCUAACCAAUAACAAGUGUUGGUCAGUCCACAGUCUGACAACCUAACUUUCCCUGAUCCAGUGUAUUUAUACAAGUACAAACAAAGAAAUGUGCAUGGGCGUUUUGUCGUCUUCUGAUUGGCUCUGCUGACUUCCUCCUUCCCAUCUGACUCCGACCUCAAAUGUCACCUAAAGCUCAGCACGCUCAAAGGAAGACAGUUAAUGCAUACAUAUAAAUUACCACUAAUCUACCUCUGUUACCUCCGGCUGCCCCCCUACACAUGCCCAUAGGGUGAUCUUUAUCAGUGGUUGUAAAUAGUUUCCCGGAGGCAGAUGUUUAAACGACCACUCACCCUUAGCACCUAAAUAUCCACUAGUAUAAAUCAUUAAACAGUUUUAACUUUAAUAGUCUAAAAUACUACAACAACACACACACACACACACACACACACACACACACACACACACACACCAAAUACCAUAUCUACUGUUUCUAGAUCCCCUGAGAAAAUAUAGUUCAGUAUGCUGCCGUUUGGGUUGUGAUUAUGGCCAAUGACUGUAGGGGGCACUGUCUGAGCUGCUGAUUUGUGCAACAGUUAUUAUUGUUUCUUUUUGUUUAAUUUAUUUAAAUUUUUAAACUUCAGUUUCUCAGUUAUAACUAAAUACUGAAAAAAAUAAACAAUCACCCGAUGUAUGAGAAAAAUGCAAAACAGGGUUUUCAGUGUCACAGUCACACACUUUUGUUCACCCACAAACCUUCCUGACCUCCACAUUCUUACAGUACUUUCCCCCUGCACUAGGGGUAGUAGCUAAAUGUGUCUCUUAUUAUUUUGUCAUUUCUGUGUUCUGUGUCUGUUGAGAUUUACUGGAUAGUUAACAACUAAGCUAACCAGGCGUAUUCAUGUCCUAUUUAACUUUAAGUCCCCAUGAAGAUAGAAUAUUUUUCUGGUGUGAAUAAACCAUUAUCUCAUCUGA